AUGAACCUAAUGAAGAUUUUCUUGCUUACGCUGGAUGGUGCAGACUCCUUAAAAUUGUAGGUCCCACUCACGGUUUAUUUCGUUGGGACUGUUAUCCAUGAAAUCACUCAUGUCCUCGGAUUUUCUGAUUUAGACAUUCCUAACUGGGUUGAUUCUAAGAAGAAGCCUCAUGUUAAUCCUACUGUUCAGUAAACUGUUAGAGGUAUUAAUACUACUUUCCUAAAAACACCAAAUGUUCUUUAAUAUGCAAAAAAAUACUAUGGAUGCAGCACUAUUCCUGGUAUGGCUCUUGAAAACUAAGGCGGUGAAGGUUCAGCUGGUUCUCACUGGGAAACUACUAUUAUUCAAGAUGAAAUAAUGAAUGCUUCAGAUUCCCAAACCAUUUCUAUUUUCACUGGUUUUACUGCCGCUUUGCUAAGAGAUACUGGUUUCUAUGCUUCUGUUAACUCAAAUAUGGAGGAAAAAUCUUACUAUGGUAAAGAUGCUGGUUGUUCAUUCAUUACCGGUUCUUGUGAUGACAAAAAAAGAGAGUUCUGUACUGUCGGAUCUUUCGAAGAAAAAUGUGACUAUUAUUAUCAUGGUGUUGGAUAAUGUAACUCCUCUUAAGAAUUAGACGAUGGUUGCAACACGAUUUAAACUUUCUAGAAUUCUAAAUGUUAUGAUGAUUCAAACAACUUUUAGAAUACUCCAACUUAAAAAACUGCUAUGGGAAUUUCAUUUGGAUCUAACUCUAAGUGCUUUAACAGCUCACUCAUUAGUGAAAAAUUAAAACCUAUCAAGGAAUAAGGUUUAUGUUAUACCUAUUCUUGUAAUUUUUUAAAUAAUGUAAUUGUUAGCGUUGGAGGAACUAAAGUUACUUGCUCUAAGAAUGGCCAAUAAUUGAAGGUUCCUGGCUACAGUGGUCUACUUACUUGCCCUGAAAAGCUUGAUUAAUUCUGUGCUUACAAGAAGUUCUGUCCUAGCAAUUGUAGUUCAAAUGGUUUUUGCAACAAUGGAACUUGUAUUUGCAUGAAUGGUUUCAGAGGAGCUGCUUGCGACAAAGUUGCUUGA